UAGUGAACAGAACCAGUCGACUCGAAGUCGUUGGCUCGUAACGACCAAUAUGAGAAUACUAAAGGUGUUCGGACUUUUCGGUGUCCUUUGCAUCAAUUUCAACCAAUUCGACACUUUCGCUUUCAAAAUAAGAACGGAUUUGGAUGUGGUAACACGACAAUGCAAGCAUUUGGAAAAUUUGACGCCAUUAUUACGGCUCAAAAGACAUCUUUUUUGCGAUUACGACAGUACACUUCACCCGAAUUAUCCUAACACAACCAAUGUCACUAUGAUCUUAAUGCCGAAGCUAAUGGAUUUCGGCAGAGACAAUGGUAUACUGUCACUACACAGUUGGAUAUCACUUACUUGGACGGACCCACAACUUGCGUGGACGAUGAGCGAUUACGACGAGAUCAGUUUUAUUCAAAUAAGAAGCUCGCAGACCUGGGUGCCCGAUCUAGGUAUCCAGAAUUCGGGCGAUAUGUCGACUAAUCAACAUGAGCUACCUGCGACAGACUGCUUGCUCUAUAACUCGGGCCUUUUUAGUUGCGUCCCUGCGAUGAAAUUGAUUUCAAAAUGCAAUCCUGAUUAUACUUACUGGCCUUACGCUAAAUUUCAAUGUUCCGUUAGGUUUACUUCGUUGCUGUACACAGAGAAAGAACUUAAUUUGUUGAUAGAUGGAAAAGGAAUUAAUAUGGACGAUUACGCGAACAAUACCAUAUGGGACUUAAAGUUUAUCAAUUCGACGAGAGAAGUAAAAAAAUAUAAAUGCUGUCCGAAUGACUCGUUCCCGAUUAUCAAUUACAACUUCUUGUUGACGCACUAUCAUCAUAGCAAACAGUAUUCUUCAAUCGCGCCGGCUAUUGCUUUGAUACUACUCACUUUAACAGUGUUCUGCCUCGAUAUUAAGUCUAUUGAACGAAUGGCAGUAGCAAGCCUGAAUCUUGUUUGUCAUAUGUACAGCUUCUAUCAUGCGUUUUGGAUUAUACCGUUCAACAGUGUUAAUACUCCCAACAUAUUGUUAUUUUACCACGAGUCCUUGGCAUUGGCUACUUUCGCAAUACUUUUGACGGCUUUUUUACGCAAACUGGAAGAUACGAGCACAGAGAUACCAAAGUGGAUUUCGUUUACUACAACGCUUGUUUUAAGCAACAGGAUUGGACGGUUUCUAAUCGUCAAAGACGAAUAUAAGAUAGCCGACAGAGAUAAUGUAACGGAAGAAAACUCGGAUAUUCCCAGAUCGGAGCCGAGCAUGAAGGAAUCGUCCUGGAAAUACUUGGUUGCUAUUAUUGACUGGUUAUCUUUUGUCUGCGUCAUCUUUAUCUAUGUCAUCAGCUUAAUUAUUCUAUUACCUAAGGAUUAAUACAUGAGAAACAAUAUUAA